AUGACCCUAAAGUAUCUUCGUUAUUUGAUAAGGUAUCGAGCGACCGUGCUCGGGGCAAGUGUUCUCGGGCUUCAACGUCCUCCGCCCAGAUACUCCCAGCAGUACAUGCCGGAAACAUCGUUCAGUUGUCGCAAUAAGAUCGUAGGAAGCUACUACGCGGACCCGGAGACCGACUGCCAGGUGUUCCACGUUUGCGUGUCCGUCGCUGGCACCGUCCAAGAUUACAAGUUCCUGUGUCCCAACGACACGGCGUUCGAUCAAGAAAGUCAAACGUGCGCCGAUUGGUACGACGUGGACUGCGAAGCAGCGACCCUCUACUACGCAAGCGACAACUUCGACCUGUACAGGAUCGGUUCCGGCCUGGAAUCCCCUCACUACGACAGUAUACGCACGGACGCUGAGCCCCAAGAUCAUCUACAGCGCAGCGAGACCAGCGAUCCAGUCCGUUCCGCAGCGAAUACCCUAAACAGAGUCUCAUCUACCAGCUACAACGCGAACAACCAACGGGAUCUACGAACAGGCAGCAGUGGUAACUUCUACAACAACCGAAACGGCAAAGAAGAUUUCAACGAGAACAAUUACACACCGUCCAGCACACCAGUACCAUCACCUGCUGUCCCAGUUAACAAUCAGAACACCUAUACUGGCUUCUACAGCGGGAAUAAUUACAGUCAACGAGGGAACAGUUACGUGUCCUCGACAAGCACCAGACCACAGGAGAACUAUAACAGGAACACCCAGAGGUACAGCGCUGCGACCUCGACGUACAGACCGAACACUAACUAUCAGGAGAAUUAUAGCUUCCAGUCGCCUAGCACGACCACAAGGACCACCGUUUAUAAUGCAUAUAAUGGGAAUUACAAUCAACAGAACGGUAAUGGGUUCGGUCAGAGCACCACCGUGAAACCGACCAGCUACAAUAAGAACUAUCAGAGCUACAACAACGGCGGUCAGUACGCCCAACCGACCACCCUCCAGCCGAGUACAAAUUACCAGGCGAACGAUUACACGAAUUAUCAGAGGAGUUACAAUAACAUUCAACGGGGAAGCAAUAAUAACGUCCAGUAUCAGUCCACGACUCCUGCGGCCACAGUCUACGAAAAUACGUAUAAUAAUAAUAAUAAUAAUAAUAAUAAUAAUAAUAACAACAACAACAACCAGUAUAGAAGCACAUCGACAAGGCAGGAUAUUUCACAGGCGACCACAAAGUACUUCCCAAGUUACGCGAGCAGCAGCUUCCCACCGACCACUUACAGCCCAGCCACGAAGAAGUUCGUUUCUAAUGACAAUGGUCAGGGUCAGACCGCUUCGAGGAAUAACGACAACGGGCAGUAUUACGACAAGAGUAGUCAACAGACCGUGAAGAGCUCGUCGCAGUAUUACGAGAGCACCAAGGCGCCGAAAAAGGCCACGCAGUAUAAUAAUUACGAGGGGACCAAUGGGAAGUAUUAUACCGAGAGCAGCACGAACACUUAUGAUUCGGCGAGAUCCUCGGUCGGGAUCGGAUUCAGUCCAGCGAGCAUCAAUCAUUUGGCUGAAACGCCUAGAUCCACCACACCAGUGCCAAGGAGGAUCUCCACAGCCACCACGUACAACCCGAACACCUUCAACACGAAUACACAAAGGCCACCGCAGAGUCCCACCACCCCCAGGGGAAGCACUUACGCCAACGGAUCCGCUAGACCAUUUUCGUCCACGACGAGACUACCGAACUCGACCACGCCACGACCGAAAUCCGGCAAGAAAUCCGAUUACGAUUACGCCUACUACGACAACACCGCGGGCCUGGAGUACGACAGCCUCGACUUGGAACACGUGACCGGUAACAAAGAAUCGACGAAAAUCGCGAGGAACUAA